GAAAUUUCCAGCCCACUUUUACACGUCACUUGCAGGCAUCUUUAAAGCGUUCGUCGCCUGUAUAAAAUGUCUCAGUACAAGACAGCAGCCAGAAACAUGAACGUUAUGAAGACGCAGUCACCGACCCAGUUCACAAUGGCGAGUAAUGACAACGACCCUCUCCCCCUCGGUUGGGAAGUCAAAAUUGACCCGCAGACUGGAUGGCCUUUCUUUGUGGAUCAUAACAAUCGCACAACAACCUGGAAUGACCCGAGACACGACACGAGAAAGGUCAGAGAGCCAUCUGCAAACGGACCUAGCACAUCACCAGAACCGAGCCCUCAGGAGCCUCCGAAAACCUUUGUCAGAGAAAUGAAGCACCCCAUCCUUCGCCCCGGUUACAUCCCAAUCCCAGUCUUCCACGAGGGGGCAGAGGUCCGACAGCAGCAGCAUCCAUGUUACUCAUACAUCCAGCCAGGCACCCCUUCACAGGGCACCCGCACAGAUGGACGAGCCCCCUCCCCCACCCCAGGUCUCCAUGGACGACCCAGAUCACCGCUACACGGGCCCUCAGACAGCUGCACUAGUGAGAGCACAGCAAAGUCCAGCUCCCCUGUUUCAUACACACCAGAGGUUUACAGUGCUCCACAUCACCAGCCUCCUCGACCGAGCAGCACUGGUCUACAGGCGGGUUACAUCCCCAUCCCAGUGAUCCAUGAGGGCAGCGGAGGAGCCCAGACCUCCCCCCAACUCAACCCCUCCGUCUACUCACAGCGUGUCCCAUACCCCGAGCACCAACAGCAGCCUUUCCACCGCAUCCAGGCUGAAGAAUGGCCCAGCUAUGCUCAAAGAGAGAGAGCUUCUCCGGUGAUGUUUCCCCAAGCUUCCUCCAUCCACCACCCCACAGCACACAUGAGGAGCCAGUCACCGAUAGUAUCACAACUGCAUACAGACAGACCACAGAUCCAGCCGCACAUCCUUAUGAGAGAGUCCCCACAGAGGAUGGAGCAGGAGCCACAAGUUCCUUCACACAAGCCUGAGAAUGUACAGUCUUUGCACAUGGAACCCGAAAAACCACAGCAACCUCAACUCUUCCAACCUCUGUCACCUCAGCAGCCUCAGCCCCCAUCACUGCAACAGGCUGCCCCAUCCCAACCCCAACAACCCCUGCAUCCCCAACAACCCCUGCAUCCCCAACAACCCCUGCACCCCCCACAAUCCCAGCAUCCCCCACAACCCCAGCAUCCCCAGCAACCCCUGCAUCCCCAACAACCCCCACAACCCUCACAACCCACCCAACUCCCCCAACCUGAAACAAUCCCACCAAGACAAGACCCCCAACCUCCUCAGCAUAUGGCAGACAUCCAUGUACAAUUACCUCCCAAACCAGAAGCCCAGGACACUCCUACAACCCCUACUACUCCUGCAACCCCUACUACUACUACUGAGAUCCCAAAAGCAGAGCCCAAGCACCCUGGUUUAGCCAAAGUGGAGCAGAUCAUUGAGCGGGUUGUCAAGCUAGAACAAGAAGUCAAAUGUUUUAACGGCAAGAAGAAUGAUAAGAAAUAUUUACUACUGGAGGAGCUGUUGACCAAAGAGUUGCUAGCUUUGGACUCUGUUGAUCCGGAGGGCCGCACAGAUGUGAGGCAAGCCAGGCGCGACGGGGUUCGGCGAGUUCAGACCAUUUUGGAUGUAUUGGAGCAGAUGGAGGAGCAGCCGUCUGCACAAACCCCUGAGAAGUCUACAGACCUCACUCCAAAAGGAGAGCCUACCAUGAUCACGAAAGAAAAUGUAGAAAUGUCAAGAGAAAUUUCAUAACCACCUCAAUGGAAGACAAGGACAGUCAACUGUAAAUUUGUUUAAUUUCAAACACUCACUAGCUCUGACGCCUCGUCUUGUUUCGAUACAGAAUUUGUGGACAUUGCAUGCAUUGAAUAACCGUAUUGACAUUUCUGGCCACUCAGCACAUAAACCUUGGUAGCUCCAUGCAAUUUUUUUGUUUCAAGCCAAUGUUGAUGCCUUUUCUUGUUGUGCCAAUUUUGUCUCUCACAAUGACACUUUGUAGUAUAUACUGAAGUGCAAAUAAGAGGCCUUUAUUAUCAUUGGAAAAAGGGAGUAUUUUCUUAUGAGACAUAUUGUAGUUGCCUUUGUCCUGGACAGAUUUUGUAUUAGGGUUUUCUGAAUUUACUCAGAAAUUAGUGUGGGACUUGGAACAUUUCUGCAUCUUUUUAGCCAUCGGAGCAGUGGAUGUGUAUAUCUGGUUCUUGAUGUGAAAUUCUCAUUGAUUGUUUUAUGUGGUUUUAUUGAGUUUAUG